CCCCUGCGGAGACAAUGCCCCCCGUGCCAGCACUGGAGGACGGCGCUUGCUGCGCUGCACAAAUGCUUUGCGGGCGCUGCCCUCCAACCCCCCGAAGCAAAAGCCCAAGGCUGGGAGCACAGGGAGGCUGCGGGGACAGCUGCCAAUGCCCCACAGGCGUGGGACCUUCCCCCCGUACCUUCCACAGCGGCUGUGAGCAGGCGAGGGGCCCCUCCGGGCCGGCCUGCCGCGGGAGGCAGCGCGGCGCUUCUCCCUCGGGCCGCCGGGGCCCUCCCCGCCGCCUUGGCCCCGCUCCCGCCGCGGCCGAGGGCAGCACCGCUCCGGGGACCCUCCGCUCCCUGCGUACCGACAAGUGACCGCCCCGCCUCGGCCGAGCGCAGCCGCUCCCGCUCGGGCGCCGCGGAGAGGCUGCGCCCGCCCCUGGCUGCGGCGCCGGGGGCCGGGCCGGGCGCUGCUCCGCCGCGGGGCCGCGGGGCGGGCCGGGCCUGUCCCUGCCCGCGGCACGGGGCAGCGCGGGGCUCGGGCAGGGCCUGGCCGGGGCCUGGCGCUGCGGGGCCGGCGGCGGCAUGGCCUUGGUGCCCUACGAGGAGGGAGGCGGCUGGACAGCGCGGCAGCUGCACAGCCCUUCGGCCACCUUCCGCUUCGCCAGCCGCACCAUCCGCCUCCAGCAGGACUGGCGGCGCCUGGGGGUGGCGGCCGUGGUCUGGGACGCGGCUGUUGUUCUGUGUGCUUAUCUGGAGAUGGAAGGCAUUGAUCUCAGGGAUCGGUCUGUGAUUGAGCUGGGAGCUGGAACUGGAUUGCUGGGAAUAGUGGUCACAUUACUAGGUGCCCGUGUCACCAUCACAGACAGGGCGGCAGCGCUGGAGCUCCUGGAGUCAAAUGUGCAGGCGAACUUGCCCCCUGAACUGCGUCCCAGAGCCGUGGUGAAGGAGCUGACGUGGGGCAAAGACCUGGAUAACUUCCCUCCAGGAGCAUUUGACUUAAUCCUGGGUGCAGACAUCGUUUAUCUGGAAGAAACAUUUGCAGAGCUGCUGCAGACGCUGGAGCACCUGUGCUCAGAGCGAACGGUGAUUCUGCUUUCCUGCCGCAUCCGCUACGAGCGGGACCUCAAGUUCCUGAAGAUGCUGAGAGAGCGUUUCUCUGUGUCCGAGGUCCACUAUGAUUCCAGUAAGGAUGUUCAUAUCUACAAAGCACAGAGGGGGAGUCGCAAGGAUGACUUAUGACUCUCUGCUUUGUUAAUAAGCCACUGAUGCUGUUCAAUUCUCGUCUUUGUUUCUACUCAAUACACUUGUUCCUAAGCAUGAA